CUUUAACGCUAGACUUGUCAAUGAAGAAGAAAGCCUGAGACUUCCAAUCUCAAAUGACUUUGUUUUUCUUUUUUGGAUAAUCAGUGAGUUUUCAUUUGUAGUUUCUUGAAACCAAGUGAACAUGGGUGAUUCAAGUGACUCAGUAUCCAUUGCGAUUGAUAUGGUUCCUUUUGGAGGGAAGGAGUUUUUGGUGAAAACAAGUAGAGGUUCUCUAUCUGUUUUUGUUUGUGGCGAUCAAGAGAAACCCGCUUUAAUAACCUACCCAGAUGUUGCUCUUAACUACAUGUCUUGUUUCCAAGGCCUAUUCUUUUGCCCUGAUGCCGCUUCCUUGUUGCUUCAUAACUUUUGUAUUUACCACAUUGAUGCCCCAGGGCACGAGUUAGGAGCAAAUGUGAUCUCUCCGGAUGUUCCGUUGCUUAGUGUGGAUGACUUAGCAGAUCAGGUUGCUGAAGUUCUUGAUUUCUUUGGGCUGACAAGAGUUCUAUGCUUGGGUGUAACAGCCGGGGCUUACAUCCUUACACUAUUUGCAAUGAAAUAUAAUGAGAGAGUGCUUGGAUUAAUUCUCGUCUCUCCUGUUUGCAAAGCCCCUACAUGGACUGAAUGGCUCUACAACAAGGUGUUGAUGAACUUGUUGUACUUCUAUGGUAUGUGUGGUGUAUUAAAAGAAUGCCUUCUUCAGCGAUAUUUCAGUAAGGAACUCAGGUAUGGUAUGCAUGGUGCAGAGUCUGAGGUCAUCCAAGCUUGCCUGAGAUUACUGGAUGAAAGGCAGAGUCCGAAUGUUAUGCGCUUUCUUCAAGCAAUUAAUAGGAGACAUGACCUUACAGAUGACUUGAAGAAAUUGCAGUGUAAGACACUUAUUUUUGUCGGUGAAAGCAGUCCAUUCCAUGCAGAAUCUGUGCAUAUGAGUGACAAAAUUGGAAGAAAGAAUUGCACUCUUGUUGAGGUUAAAGCGUGUGGCUCAUUGGUAACAGAAGAGCACCCAUUGGCCAUGCUGGUCCCAAUUGAAUUCUUUCUAAUGGGAUUUGGUUUCCAAAGACAACCACAUUUUGCUUCAUCAUCAAGCAAUGGUUCAAACCCUUCAAGUCCAUCAAGCCAUUCCUGCAUAGCUCCUGAACUUCUCUCCCCUGAGGGUCUAGGGAUCAAGCUCAAACCAAUCAAAACCCGUGCAGAUAUUGAAAUUUGAUGAGUCUCGAAGCUGCUGCUUAUCGAUUUUACACGUAUCGAAUGUAACAGUGCAGGAGUAGGAUUUGACAUUUUUUGUUCAUUCUAUCAGUUUGUAGAAUACCUUUUGAGGUUUGGCAGUAUAUAUUCUUUGAUUGUGUUGGUGGGAGGUUCUUUCAAUGGAGUUUAUUGUAGAUAAACAUUGAUUGGAUAUUUUGUACUUAAAAACAGGAUAGGAUAUUCAUUCUUUUGAGAGGAUAAGAUUAGAUUCAUUUUGUUAUUAUACCUUUAAACUUUGUACACAUGAAACUCCUUGUUGAAAUGAAAAAUCAGAAUUGAUUUUUCAAUUA